CGAACAACAAUGGCGGCCACUCGAUUGAUACGCGCUUGGAGGCCAUCAUCUGUCAUUUCCGCCCCUUCAUCCUCGCAAACGACGUUCACAUCGGUGAAGGUGAAGUGUAUGAGCAACGCGAUUGGGUUUAGUUUAGAGAACAAUCGAUUGCCCGGAGAUGGAGAGAGAAAACCAGUGGUGUUAGCUAAGGCUGCUUCCUGCUCUGAGGCGGCGGUGAAUGUCGUGGUCGCUGCACCGACGCAAACAAGCCAAGGAGUAGACGUGGCUACUCUGGUGGCGAUUGUGAGAACGUCGGUGUUUAGGAGGUUAUAUGUGGUUACGAGAUCUAGGUCAUGGAGAUCAAUUGUUCAAUUGUUCAUCGAAAAGGCUAUAAUCGAUUGCCGGUUUUUCACCAUGUUCGCCGUAGCCGGAACCUUGCUCGGUUCAGUUUUGUGUUUUUUGGAGGGAACAUUUUUGGUUUUUGAGUCGUAUUUCCAUUAUUUCCAUUCUCUGUGGCACCAUUCCGAUCAUGGCCGAAUCAUGCAACUACUGAUCGAAUCUUUAGAUAUGUUCUUGAUUGGAACCGCGAUGCUUGUAUUUGGAAUGGGAUUGCAUGUCAUGUUCGUGGGAUCUCAAUCCCAAGGAUCGCAACUUCCAUCAUCAAACUUUUUCGGAAAUUUCCAUCUCAAGGAAAUUCCAUCAUGGGUUGGAAUGAAAUCAGUGACACAAGCAAAGUCAAUGAUCGGGUAUGCUUUAAUGUUGUUGCUUCAAGUGGGAGUGUUGGAGAAAUUCAAGAGUGUACCAUUGGUUACAGGAUUGGAUCUAGCUUGUUUUGCUGGAGCUGUAUUUGUUUCAUCUGCUGCUUUAUUUAUUCUUUCGAAACUCAGUCUAGAUACAUGAAUUUAAAUUUUAAAACAUAGAUUGUAGAUACCAAGUAUCUAUAGUAUAUGCAUAAAUUAAACCCAAACACACGAUUCUUUGAACUAGUAAAAAUCAUUUGGUAG